UCUCUCUCUCUCUCAGAGAAGUCGAUUCACUGAGCAAGAUUUCACAGAGAAGAUACAAGAGAAUGGGGUUUGAGAAGAAGGAUCUUGAUCUGGUGCUGGUUCCGAGUGGCUUGCUCAUCAUGUUCGUCUACCAUGUCCAGCUCCUCUACAGAUACCUCAAUAAGCCUCACACCACUGUCAUGGGGUUUGAGAACUUCAACAAGCGCUUCUGGGUUCAGGCCAUCAUGCAGGGUGAGAAGAAGGAUACUAGUACGUGUCUCCAGGUGAUCUCCUCCAACAUAUCAGCGGCGACGUUCCUGGCCUCCGUUUCGCUUACCAUCUGCUCCCUGAUCGGUGCCUGGAUCAGCAACACCACCAACAACUUCUUCGAGAGCAACCUCGUCUACGGUGACACUCGGUCCACCACCCUCUCCAUCAAGUACAUCAGCCUCCUCAUAUGCUUCCUCCUCGCCUUCUCAUGCUUCGUCCAGUCAGCCCGGCACUUCGUCCACGCCAAUUACCUGAUCAGCACACCGAGCACGUGCAUCCCUCCGAAAAGCGUCGAGGUGGCCGUCAUCCGAGGCGGCGACUUCUGGUCCGUUGGGCUCAGGGCACUGUACUUUGCCCUGAACUUGCUUCUCUGGUUUUUCGGACCGAUACCCAUGUUUGUUUGCUCCAUCCUCAUGGUCUUGUUCUUGCUCUACCUCGACUCGAACACGAUGCCAUUGAUUGAGCACGAGUUUGAUGGGACGCAAGUGGUGAGGAAGGUGGAGCACAGCGUGUCUGAGAUGGCAACGGCCAUUCCCAUGCCUCCACAUCAGAACUGACCAGGCCCACCUUGUUUGUGUACGUCCAGGAAUAAAAGGACAAAGUUUGAUUUUUCUUGACGUAGAGUUUGUUUUUCUCUUGACCCAGAUACGGAGUAAUACAUUGUAUUAAUGGUAGUAAAAUAGAGGAUGUAUUAUAAAUUCAACUGUUAUUUUCUUUCA